AUGGAACUUAAAACAAUUGCUACAUUUCAGAGUGAAAUAAUGUAUGCACUUAAUGGGUCUUUAAAUAUGACAAUGCUAAUUUUAUCAAUAAUUUCAAUGGUUUUAAUCACAAUUACAUACUUAAUCCAUAAAAUUGUAACAUCACAUCCUAUAUUCAUCCAAUCAACCUUCUUAUCUGGCUGGAAUUUAUCACCUUUAAUGUAUGUCAGUCAAUUUUUUACAAUUCUUUUUAUUGCACGUAUAUCAAUUCAUUUUUACGAAAACUACGCUAAAUACUGUCUACUAGGAGCCACAGUUUUAGUUGCAGUCACUCAAGUUAUCGUUACAACGAAAUUUCCAUACUACAGGAAGUCAGAUCAAUUCAUAAUGAUCUUCUUUUGGGUUCUUGCUGCAUUAGACACUAUUGCCUGUAUUCUUUACCUUAUUUGGCACGAUAUUUUUUACCCAGAAUCGACAUUCAUCAUUGCAGUGCUUAUUAUCCUUGCUUUUAUCAUUACAAAUUUCAUUAUUGACCGAUUUUAUGCAUUAAAACUAUCAGAAAAACCUCUUUCCGACGAAAAAAGUUCAUCAACUCAAGAAGUUGACAAUUUUGAGAAUUUUGAUGUCGAAGAAGGUGAAAACGAAGACCUUCUUAUUGAAAGGAAAGCAUUAAAAGACAUGACAAAGAAGUUUUACAGUUAUAUUUAUAUUCAUCCUCACGAAGCAAUAAAACUUGCCAAAUUCAUCAGCAAAAACACAGAUAAUAAUAAUCUGAAGGUGGAUUGCUACAAAUAUCUAUGCCUUAUGCAUCAAAUUGAAGCGGAAGAUAUCACGGAAAUCAGAUCUAUGAGGAAGAACAGCGGAAAUCUGAUGAGAAGGCAAUUACUAUGUGAUCUACAAUACGAAGCAUUCUCUUUAAACCCUGAUGAGAGUGUUGUUGAUAGUUAUAUGAAACAUCUUAUGAAAAUUACAAAUAAAUGCAGAAGAAUUUACUUCGAAAUCGUUGAUAUGAUAGCUAUGGCCCAACCCGAUGAUAUUGAAUCUUGUUUAUUUAGAUACCACGACUGCAUUCAUAAUUUUGAGAAAUAUGCAAAGGUUUAUACGAUCAACUGUCCAAGUUCCCAACGUCUUACGAACUUUAUAUCGUGUUUCUACUCAGAACUUAAAGCAGAUGCCAAUCUUUCAAUGGCUUGGCGACAUAUUUCAUCGGAAAAAGACAAUUCCGCCGGAAUUUCGGAAAAUUCAGGAUCAGAAUUUAUUACAUUCCAAAACAGUAAGGCCAGAUUUAGCAGAAAAAGCCAAGGAUACUCAAGUCAUAAUUAUGAAGUACAAACAACCCAAAAUUUAUCAAGCCAGAUGCAUAUUAGUAGUAUAUAUAGUUGUGGCUGUCGUUCUUUCAGCAUUUUAUCCUUCCUUUUGUUCUUUUUCGUAUUUUAUGUCGCAAUUGCAAGAGUUAAUCCUUCGAACUACUUAACAGUUGUCAAUUUACUGGCUGACAAUUUGAUCAACUCCAUAGAUGUACUCCAAUCGAAGCCUAUAAACUCGAUUAUCAACAUUUCUGCAAAUAGUAUCUCAAAUUGCAACCCGAGUUAUAAGAAUCUGACCUCAAUCACUAACAAUUUGUCCGUCCUUCUCAACUACCAUGACUAUAUUUCUAUGUUCUCUGAUGCCGUUUAUUAUUAUAAUGUUCAAACUUCGAAACCAGAAGACGUUCUCUUAACAUGGAGCUCAAUAAACAAAUACAUAAAGAACAACUUGACGUAUCAUACAAGUGAAGCUGUUCUUGCAAUUCUUCUUGAGUCAAUGUCGAAUUUCAGUUGUUCAAAAGAGACUGCGAUAGAAGUGACCAUGGCCAGUGACUUAUUUAAUUCAUCAAUAUUCACGAAUUCCUUGUUCUUUAAGGAAAUUUACGAUAAUUGUUUCAGAUUUUUGACGGAAUUUAAGAAUACUUACCUCGCAUUCAUCAUUAGCUUCAUUGUUACGCUUGCUGUUAUCAUGAUCGGCUCAACAUUCAUGAUGAUAAGGCGUAGGAAGAAAGAAAGAAGCUAUUUCUGGAAUUCUUUGAUUGAAAUUGAUCCAAAUUCACUCGAAGAUGUCAGAAGAAGGCUUCUCAGUGGCACAUCACUCAUAAAAGAUACCAGAAUUGAGUCUUCCAGCAACGACGUCGAAAAUAUUUUGGGAUCAGAUAAAUUAGAUGCGACAAAUUCAGGAUCUGGAACAACAGAGAACUCAGUAUCAUCACAAAGAGACCUUUGUACCUGUUGA